UCUUCUUAUUCUCAUCGUCCGGCGGAAUUCAACGAAGGAGCAAUGAAAGGUCACGCAAUUGUCCCUGAUGUCGUUGACGUUGCACCAGCCGGAACUAUCGACGUCGAGUACGAUAGUGGUGCCAUCGUAAAAGAGGGAAACGAAUUGACACCUACUGAAGUCCAGAAUCAACCUGUCCGUGUAAAAUGGCCAUCUGAAAAAGAUGCACAUUAUGCUUUAAUGCUGAUUGAUCCUGAUGCCCCAAAGAGGACAAAACCAACAGCCCGAGAGUGGCAACAUUGGCUUGUAGUAAACAUCCCUGGCGAUGACUUCAAAAGAGGAGAUAUUCUGUCCCAGUAUGUUGGAUCUGCUCCUCCUAAAGGCAGUGGUUUGCAUCGUUAUGUGUUCUUGGCCUACAAGCAGCCUGGCACUCUUAUCUGUGACGAAUCUAAGUUGACCAACAGAUCAGGAAAACGUAGGGCACACUUUUGCGCGAAAAAAUUCGCUGAAAAGUACAAUUUGGGCAAGCCGGUUGCUGGAAACUGGUUUGAAGCGCAAUGGGACGAUUCUGUACCGAUGAUCCACGCUCAGCUUACAGAUUAAUAAGUAAAAAUGAGUCAUCCACGGAGGAAUUGCAACUCUUUCUAGUUGUGAAGCGUGAAAGUUAAAGAUUACGUUACCCCCGAAGUGUCUAUUGGUAACGGUUCAAAGUAAAUUCAAAAUACAAACUUGUUUUUCAACUUA